AUGACCAAUUUUGAGAGCUACUCUGCAGAGAACCAGACCAUCCCUGAUGUCUUCUUCUUGGUAGGGAUUUCCUACCUAAACAAGCUGCAAAUCCUUCUGUUUGCAGUGGUUCUUGUCACCUACCUGCUCACCCUGUUUGGGAACCUGCUCAUUAUCCUGCUGAUAAAGCUCAACCCCUCCCUCCACACCCCCAUGUAUUUCUUCCUGGUGAACCUGUCUGUCUUGGAAAUCUGCUGCACCACCAGCGUGACCCCUCAGCUGCUGGUUCACUUCCUGGUGGAGGAAAAGACCAUCUCCCUCUUGGGCUGUGCUGCCCAGUUGUACUUCUUCGUACUCACAGGCCUUGCAACAUGCUGUCUUCUCGGAGGCAUGGCUUACGACCGCUAUGUAGCCAUAUGCCACCCCUUGCACUACACCACCAUCAUGAACAGCCGGGUGUGUGCGCUGCUCGCGGGUGCUUCAUGGGGCAUCGGCAUCUCAGUGGCAAUAGUUCAUACCGUGUGGAUCUUCAGCCUGCCCUUCUGUGGCUCCAAAUACAUCCCCCAUUAUUUCUGCUACACCGAGCCAUUACAGAAGAUGCUCUGUACAGACCCAUGGAAGAAUGUGAUCUUUGGCUUGUCUGUGCUGGUGCUCUUUGUAAUAGGCCCCUUUUUACUGAUAGUCCUGUCCUACAUCCGCAUCAUCUCCACCAUCCUCAAGCUGCCGUCAGUAGAGGGGAGGCGUAAAGCCUUCUCCACCUGCUCCUCCCACCUCACAGUGGUGACUUUGCUCUAUGGAGCAGCCCUUUUGAGUGACCUGAAACUCAAGUCAAGCUCCACCCCAGAGAGUGAUCAGUUGAUUUCCCUCAUGCACACAGUUGUGACACCAAUGUUGAAUCCCAUAAUAUACAGUCUGAGGAACAAAGAGGUGAAGGGAGCCUUUCGAAACACUGUAGGGAAGGCCAUCUCCUCAUGCAGCAGGAGAUAUUAGAGAAUGGAAAGUGUGAA